UCCAUAAAAAUCCGGUUCCGCGCGCCCGGCGCUCUCAGCCCGUCGAUUCCCGAUCGCGUUCCUGGUGAUCCCGCGGUGGGUGUGGAGGGGAAGACAGACAGACCGACAGAGAACCGAGCCGGGGGAGACACGAGCGAGGCACCAUGCGCGAGAUCGUGCACAUCCAAGCUGGCCAGUGUGGCAACCAGAUCGGCGCCAAGUUCUGGGAGGUGAUCAGUGAUGAGCACGGUAUCGACCCCACCGGCAGUUACCAUGGAGACAGUGACCUGCAGCUGGAGAGAAUCAAUGUGUACUACAAUGAAGCCACUGGUAAUAAAUAUGUACCUCGGGCCAUCCUGGUGGACCUGGAACCCGGCACGAUGGACUCAGUCAGGUCUGGACCCUUCGGCCAGAUUUUCAGGCCAGACAACUUUGUGUUCGGUCAGAGUGGUGCCGGGAACAACUGGGCCAAGGGCCACUACACAGAGGGUGCUGAGCUGGUGGACUCGGUCCUGGACGUGGUGAGGAAGGAGUCAGAGAGCUGUGACUGUCUCCAGGGCUUCCAGCUCACCCACUCGCUGGGGGGCGGCACCGGCUCGGGCAUGGGCACCCUGCUCAUCAGCAAGAUCCGAGAGGAGUACCCCGACCGCAUCAUGAACACCUUCAGCGUCAUGCCCUCGCCCAAGGUGUCAGACACCGUGGUGGAGCCCUACAAUGCCACCCUGUCCGUGCACCAGCUGGUGGAGAACACAGAUGAGACCUACUGCAUCGACAAUGAAGCCCUGUAUGACAUCUGCUUCCGCACCCUCAAGCUGACCACGCCCACCUAUGGCGACCUCAACCACCUGGUGUCAGCCACCAUGAGUGGGGUGACCACCUGCCUGCGCUUCCCGGGCCAGCUGAAUGCCGACCUUCGCAAGCUGGCUGUGAACAUGGUGCCCUUCCCGCGCCUGCACUUCUUCAUGCCAGGCUUCGCACCCCUCACCAGCCGGGGCAGCCAGCAGUACCGUGCCCUGACCGUGCCCGAGCUCACCCAGCAGAUGUUCGACUCCAAGAACAUGAUGGCCGCGUGUGACCCACGCCACGGCCGCUACCUGACGGUGGCCGCUAUCUUCCGUGGCCGCAUGUCCAUGAAGGAGGUGGACGAGCAGAUGCUGAACGUGCAGAACAAGAACAGCAGCUACUUCGUGGAGUGGAUCCCCAACAACGUCAAGACGGCCGUGUGCGACAUCCCGCCUCGAGGCCUCAAGAUGUCAGCCACCUUCAUCGGCAACAGCACAGCCAUCCAGGAGCUGUUUAAGCGCAUCUCGGAGCAGUUCACGGCCAUGUUCCGCCGCAAGGCCUUCCUGCACUGGUACACGGGCGAGGGCAUGGACGAGAUGGAGUUCACCGAGGCCGAGAGCAACAUGAACGACCUGGUGUCCGAGUACCAGCAGUACCAGGAUGCCACAGCCGAUGAACAGGGGGAGUUCGAGGAGGAGGAGGGUGAGGACGAGGCUUGAGGUCACCUGCACAGCAGCUUAGGGAGAGCGGAGGAGAAAGCCGAGGGGGUGGGGGGCUCACUGUGAAAAUGCCCUAGAGAGAAGGAGCAAGCAUGGUCUACUUAGGUGUGUGCGCUGGUUAUCGGUGCUCUUCACUGUUGCCUGUCACUUUGUUUUCUCUUUUUGUAACAUUGAUGCCAUUGAUGUAACAUUUGAGAUACUUCUGAACUACUGUUGUCAUGGCGAAAAUCACAUAAACGUUUGUGUCUUAA